AUGCAGUCGCCAUCCUUCAAAUUCGACACAACAGAAAAAAAACAAGGAACAAAUGGAACAAAGAGAGAAUCAUCGACGCCAUCAAAAGAAAGCAAAAGGAAAGUGGCAAAAGAAAAUCUACGAAGGACAGAACGAAAGGAGAAAGCAGAUAAGUUAACAAAAACGAUAUCGGUGAGGAAGCAGAAGAACGAGGAGGGAACAAUGAAUCACAGCAUUGCAGAGUUCAUCAUAUAUUCAUCACGACUAGAAAAAUCAUCGAUGCCAUCAAGAGAAAGUGAAGAGGCAGCAGGAGCUGGAUCUACAGAAGACAAGAUGGAGAAGCAGGCAGAUGAGUCGACAAAGGUGAUAGUGGUGAAGAAAUGGAAGGAGACAAACAAGGAAUGA